AUGACUUCCAUACGUAUGCAUCAAAGAGAUGAUGCUGAGGUUGGAUUACUAGAAAGUGAUAGAGAAGAUGAAGAUGACGUCAGAACUCAACCAAACAAUCUUUGGCCUCGUGAUAUGAUUGGUAGAAACCUUAACGCUAAAAUGGGCACAGUAGCUAGCGAAAAAGUUUCCAUUCGCUUAGGCUUUCUCAGAAAAGUAUUCGGUAUUUUGUCAUUCCAAAUCGUCCUAACUACCGCUAUUUGCGCUGCACUUUAUGCAACACCAGGAGUACAGGAUUUCGUGAAAACACAGUGA